UUCCUGGUCCAAGAAGAAUUAAGAUGAGAGCUUAUGCUACCAAAUGCUUCUCUUCAUCCACUUUUUUGUCUUUUCUUCACUUUGUGGUUCUUUUCUUUAUAACUUCACUAGUUCUUGUUUCUUGUCGGAGUCUUCUUGCUCCUUUCUAUACACCUCAUGUUUGUCGGAGGGGACAACCAACUUCAUCUUUGGAUGCAGAAAAGAGAAGAGUUUCGAUAUUACAUGAUGAAAGAGAGACUCCAUCUCCAACUGCAUUUUUCAAUGAAGGUGAUGAAAAGCUUGACACCAAGUUUGUGCAAAAAGGUACGGAUAAAGAGUACUUUAAAGGACAAAAGUACAGCGAGUUAAGAAGAAUUGAAGAAAAAUUGGCCAAAGCAAGGUAUUCAAUCAGAGAAGCUAGCAAAAUUCGAAAUUUGACAUCAACCCUCCAAGAUCCAGACUAUGUUCCUCAAGGUCCAAUUUACAGAAACGCCAAUGCCUUUCAUAGGAGUUACUUAGAGAUGGAAAAGGUGUUCAAGGUUUUUGUGUAUGAAGAAGGGGAGCCACCAUUGUUCCAUAAUGGUCUAAGCAAAGACAUAUAUGCCACUGAGGGGAGAUUCAUAAAUGAAAUGGAAAAGGGGAGGCACUAUCGUACUUAUGAUCCAGACGAAGCUUUUGUGUAUUAUUUGCCCUUCAGUGUGGUUAUGUUGGUCGAAUAUGUGUACGAUCGUGGCUCCAAUUAUAAUCGAGAUCCCCUUGGCCUUGUUGUAAAAGACUACAUACAGACUAUAGCUUAUAAACAUCCCUUCUGGAAUCGGUCUCUGGGCCAUGAUCAUUUCAUGCUCUCUUGCCAUGAUUGGGGUCCAAUUGUAUCUAGUUACGUGGAUCUCUUGUAUAACAAUGCCAUAAGGGUUCUUUGCAACGCAAAUACAUCUGAAGGAUUCAAGCCUUCAAAGGAUGUGUCAUUUCCAGAGAUUAAACUUAUGGACGGGGAAGUCACUGGUCUAGUGGGAGGGUAUCCACCAUCUCAAAGGACCAUCCUUGCUUUCUUUGCAGGUCACCUGCAUGGCUAUAUAAGAUACUUGCUCCUACAGACAUGGAUAAACAAAGACCAAGAUGUGCAAGUUUAUGAGGAAAUUCCUGAAGGAAUGUCUUACUACACAAAGCUUAGAAGCAGCAAGUUUUGCCUUUGCCCAAGUGGUUAUGAAGUUGCCAGUCCCAGAAUAGUGGAAGCAAUAUUUGCAGAAUGUGUGCCAGUAUUGAUUUCUGAUAGCUAUGUUCCACCCUUCAGUGAUGUGUUGAAUUGGAAUUCAUUUUCAGUUCAAGUGGCUGUGAAAGAAAUUCCCAACAUCAAAAAGAUACUCAUGGGCAUUUCAGAAAGCCAGUACUUGAGGAUGCAAAGGAGGGUGAAACAAGUGCAAAGACAUUUUAUGCCUAAUGAGCCCCCAAAGAGAUAUGAUAUGUUCCAUAUGACUGUCCAUUCCAUUUGGCUCAGGAGGUUAAAUAUCCAUAUUCAAGAUCAGUAAUGUAAUUUCCACCACACAGAUAGCAUACAUCUAGAGGAUUUUCAUAUGUAAAUGAUGAGUAAUGGAAUUAGCAGGUUUUGCAGAUCUACGUAAUUGUUCUCUCGUGUUUGUUAAAAACUCUGGAAACUGGAAUAUAUUGACUAGUAAUGUUUACGUGUAAUAGAUUCAUCGUUUAUCAACAUGAUCCAUUGCUUGGUACUAAUAUUGAGGAAGAGAUGAUAGUAACAUUUCAAUGUGAUUCUAAUUCUUAAUCUUUGA